GUGCAAAAGUAUUGUUUUGUAAUUAUCAUACGCGUGGAAGGUUAAAAAUUGUUACACAUUCGCGGGUUUUUUUUUUUCUCACUUUUUUUAUGAUAUUUUAGAAUGCCCGCAAAUAGAAAUUUCGCGUCAGGCCGAUUUUGAAGGAGUCAAAAGUGUAUACAAAAUAAUCUAUGCGAUUUGUAGAUCGUGCAACAAUCUAGAUCUGUAUAUGUCGACGCACUCGUCAUCCCACUCUAAUAGACAAAGUAGUGUGGAAGAUGUCGACGAUAUUUUUCAAGCACCCAUCUCGUUACCCAUAGAUAACAGAAAGAGAGCGUACUCGGUUGACGAUGACGAUGACACCGAAGGUCAACUAGUGAAAGAAGUGACGUACAACUGUUCCUUAUGCGAAAAACCUUUGACUAAUGACUGGCAUCAACCCAUGAGUCUUAAGUGUGGCCAUGUGUUCGGAGGCAGUUGCCUGAAGAAACAUAUAAAAUCUAUGAUUCGAAAUCUAAAUUAUGCAGAAUGUCCGCUCUGUCAUAAAAAUGUCAAAAAGUCUGAACCAAGAAAAGUAUGGGCUACAUUAACGAUAACUGAAAAGCAUGAAGAUCUACAUCCACUGAAGCAUGAAUUAGAGGAGGCACGUAGAAGAAUCGAACUUCUCCAACAGGAAAUAGCCACAGUACAUGCAGAGAUCGAUGAGUAUAAACAUAAACUAGACAACAUCAAUACUGUAUCUUUGACACAAGAAGAGUUGUCUAGUGCUUCGCAAGAGCUGCAUUCACAGAAUCAUUUUAUUCUUAAAGACAGGAUAGCAGCUGAUAAUGAGUGUUUUAGCCUGGUUGAAUCAAAUCCCUUGAUGAACAUGAUUACUAUUUCGUGCUAUAAUUCCGCAACGAGAACGUUUGGUGUUCGAAAAUGUAAUUUGUAUGAUUUGUCAGUCACAGAAUUUAUUCCUUUAGAUCAUCAGGCUACAGUAAAAGCCAUGAAACUUUCCGAUCAAGGCACGUUAUUAUCAACUGGAAACGAUAGAACUUUAAAAUUGACGUCUUUGACUAACAACCGUGUCAUACAAUCAUAUACCCUUGACUCGCCUGGCAUCAGUUGUUGUAUUGAUGAAGAGAAUCCCAACUCUCUUUUAUGUGGCGGGCAAAACGGAGAACUUUAUAUUUUUGACCUUAGAAACACCAGCGGGUAUGUCAACAAGCUUGUCAAACCAGCUAAUACGGCCCCUAUUCGUUCUAUUGUGCCCUAUCCAAACAACAAGUAUAUAUGUAUGGACAGCUCUAACAUUUAUAUCUGGAACAAGGAGGUUGCAGAAGGAGGAGAUGAAUUUGUUUACUCUUCUUUGAACAAUGGAUCUAGUGAAAUUGAUUUGGUUACUGAGCACUUAUCACUGAGGUUCAAUGAUGGUUUAUUUUGUUCAUUAGAAAGGUCACAGUUGUUUACAACGGCUUCCAUUUGGUAUCUGUCGGAUACUCUCAAUAUUGUUACCGACUGGUCUUACGACACACAGCAUCCCUUUAACGAUAUUCAGCACUUUUCACGAGAUGAGAAGGAUCCCUAUAUCUGCUAUCUUCUAAAUGAUGAAAUAACAGUACGAGAUAGGACGGAUAAGCUUCAGACUAUUUAUUCAACCAUGCCCAUAAUUGAUUGGAAGUAUAUGAGAGCUCAGAAGAGUCAUCUAUUGGCAGUGCUGUCAUCCGGUGAGUUACGAUUGUUCGAAUUUAAUUAAAAAAUUCAUUAUACCCUUAUAAUCUGUAUUUAUAAAUAAAAUACCCUGAAGCCAUGCUCUGCAAUCGUACAAUGACUCUCGCG